AUGGAGGAGAGCCAGGGCUGGGGUGGGGAUAGGCGGGCAGGUCGAGGGGUGAGAGGGCAAAGGGAGUCAACACAGGAGGUUAGGGACGAGAAAAGGGUAGAGGUAGUCAAGUCUACAGAGAGUUGGGAGAAGGAGUUGAUAGAGGGGAGGUGCAAGAGAGCAGCAGAGGAGAAGACAGAGGGGGGAGAGGAAAUUGAGGUUUUGGUGGUCAUGGGGUCUCUGCUAGAUGAUACGAUAAGGAAGUGGUUGGACUAUAAGGUAAAUUGUAAGAAGACAUUAACACCCACAAACAUCAACAGAUCUGCGGUGUACUGCAACGCAUCAUUUGACCAGUUUGCCUGCUGGCCAGAAUCCCCUCCUGGAAACGUUUCAGUGCCUUGUCCUCAUUACCUGCCCUGGAUAAAGGAAGUGGGUGCUGGUUAUGUGUACAGAUACUGCACUGAUAAUGGGACCUGGCUUACUGUUGAAAACUCAACAGAAGUCUGGAGGGAUCACUCUGAAUGCUCCGAACACAACCAUCACUUCAAACAACAGGAAGACAAGCAUGUACCGGUAGAUCUUUCAGUUCUCCAGUUUGUCUAUACCAUAGGAUACUCCCUAUCACUCUCCUCACUCUUGCUGGCUGUUCUCAUUUUACUAUUGCUGAGGAAACUUCACUGCACCAGAAACUACAUCCACAUUAAUUUGUUUGCUUCCUUUAUGUUUCGCGCUGUGUCAAUUCUUGUCAAAGACAUCAUUCUUCACAUCACCUACGCUAAGAGACCCACAGACGAAACAGGAUGGAUAUUCUAUUUUAACUCAGAGAUUUCUGUAGCCUGCAGAGUCAUGCAAGUUUCCAUGCACUAUUUUGUUGGAGCCAAUUUCUUCUGGCUACUAGUUGAAGGAAUCUACCUCCAUUCUUUACUUUUUACUGCUGUUCUAUCGGAAAGAAAAUUGUUAAAGAAAUAUAUGUCCUAUACUGCUGUUCUAUCGGAAAGAAGAUUGUUGAAGAAAUAUAUGUUAAUAGGCUGGGGGACUCCAGUUCUGUUCGUUGUUCCAUGGACAGUGACAAAAGCUAUGUAUGAAAAUAAAGGGUGUUGGGGUACAAAUAUAAACAUGGCAUAUUGGUGGAUUAUCAGAGGACCAAUUUUAUUUUGCAUUACAGUCAAUCUUUACAUUUUUGUAAAAAUACUAAAAUUGUUGCUCUCAAAGCUGAAAGCAGAGAAAAUGCAAUGUAAUGAUUACAAAUCCAGAUUAGCAAGAGCCACCUCGGUCUUAAUCCCGUUGCUGGGGAUCCAAGAGUUUGUGUUUACUUUUGUUACUGAUGAGCAGGUGGAAGGCCAGUCACGGCACAUCAGACACUUCAUCCAGCUAACUAUGAGUUCCUUUCAGGGUUUCCUGGUAGCUUUGUUGUACUGCUUUGCCAAUGGAGAGGUGCAAGCAGAACUUAAAAAGAGAUGGAAACUGUUUCUGUUCGCCAAUCACUUUGAACGUGCUGCUGACUGCAUACUAGGAAAGUAUUUCAAAUACCUUGGGAAGUACUCCAAAAGGCGGAAAAGUCAUUAUUUCCACCGAAAUGAGUUUUACAGAGAUGGGAAGAGACCUUCAAGUGUGAAACUUAGACCAACCGCUCUGGAGUAUUUCACAAGAGGAAGUGUGUCCAGCUCUGAAGGAGAAGGAACUUUGGGUGAAACAUUUGAACAAAUACUCGAAGAAAGUGAGAUUUAAGCCAGACCCGGUGGCAAGCAGCCACUUCGAAAACGAUUGUAAAUAUAUUGAUAACACUAUGUAACACAAUUUUUGUUCCUGGGUAGUAAGUGUUAUUUCCUAACUGCUUAUGCCUCAAAAGUAUAGAAAAUGGCUAUUAUUCCACACAAACUUUGCUUUUGUGACCAGGACAGUGAUAUUUUGAAAUUUACCUAUUUCCAAUGAGAAAACGGGCGAAUUUGUGUCUUUUCGUUCACAUGAAGUCAGAAAAAAACAACAUAUGAAUCCAAAUUAACAUGUAUUUAUACUAAAGUAAUACAAAAAUGACUACAAAAGAUUUAGAAGUGAGUAGUUUUUCGAGAUUUACGAUUAUACUGUAAAUCACUUUCACGAAUCAGCCCCCAAAUGUAGUCUCCCAUCAUGUUCUCGUUAUACUGUCCUUCAUUGACAGCUCAUCCAGGAGCCUCAAAGCAGUGCUGCUCCAUAAUGGUAACAAGUACCCGUCUCUUCCCCUGGCUCACUCGGUGCACCUCAAAGAGGAUUACAACAGCAUCAAGACCUUGCUGGACGCUUUGAAGUAUGAUGAGUACGGCUGUGACCCCCGGAAGGUGCUGAUGCCACCACUGCACAUCAAAUUGGGCCUUAUGAAACAAUUUGUCAGAGCUCUAGAUAAGUAGUCGGCAGCCUUCAAGUACCUUCAAGACUUCUUAACUAA